AAUUAUAGAGCCGCGCCAACACUUCCGCUUCUCCAUAGAAACGGGGGGCGGGGCUAGAAAUGUGGAGCGGACUCCCAUCACCGGGACCGAGCGACUCCAACAGCACCGAGGAUGAGGAUGACAAAACGGAACCCGGAAGUGUGUCUGCCGCCUACCGAGCUAAAUUUCUGGAACUCCAGAAGAAACGCUCCGAGUUAGAGGCGGAAAUCAGCCGGCGGCAGAAGAGGAAGCGACGUAAAAGAGGGAAAAGCAAGGCCAGAAGUCCGGAGGCUCCUGAGGAGGAUGAAAGCUCAACAGUAGAGAAGAUCCCACCUCUGGACACUCUUCAGAAAUAUUUUGGGGCAAAUGAACACCUGAAUCCUCCUGUGUGCCAGAAGGUUCUAAAGAAGUCCCGCCUGGAGCAGAGCCUGGAUACGGCCGUACAGAAAGGUGACAUUGAAGAAGCUGAAGAGAUAAGUGACCAGCUGGCCACCCGAGAGCUCGCUGUGAAGAUCACCAAAGCCGCUUCUUGUCACAAGUACAUCAAAGCCAAAGAGGAGCAAGAAUCGCCCCAGGAGGGAACCAAGAAGCAGCCGAAGAACCUGCCCUGGGGGUUUGAGGCCAAGAAGAGAUGGGAGACCAAAAGCAAUAUGGGCUACAUGUAGUGCUGCACUAUGUACAUAGCAUUGUAUGUAUGUAA